AUGAGUUCUGAAGGUAAAUUUUUCAGUAAAUUAAAGAAAACGUUCAAAGGGGACAAAAGUAACGAAUCUUCGCCCAAUUCGUCACCCAAAACCUCUAAGUCCGCAUCAAAGAAAGAGACUAAUCCAAAAAAGGAGAAAUUGCUCCAGGAAGCUCGAAAAGAAGGAGAGAAAGUAUUCCAUCACAAACAUGAAGGAUCCACCGCUACAGCUGGUAGUGGAGUAGCUGUCGGGGGAGCUGGCACAGCAACAGCAGCAACAUCAUCUUCAGCAGCUAAAACUGGAAACAAAGAGCAUGACAACAUUCUCAAGGAAGCCUGGGAAGAAGGACACAAGUUGUUCCAUCGUCACACUAAGACUGGUAAUACUGGUGUCUAUGCUGGCGGAACAGCACCUGCAGCAGCAGCAGCGGGAGGAAUUGGUGGUUACGGUGCAUCUGGUGAUCACAAAACCCCGAACACUGGUCACGAGUACAGCACAAAUGCCAGUGAUGUUGUUACCAGCUCUUCAAAAGGUCGUUUAGUUUCAUCACCACCAAGACGAUCAAGAGAGCCACUCAAAUACGAAGUUCCAGGAGAUUUCAGCAAUAAAAAGAGUCCCACUGAUCCCACGGUUGUCGCAGAUGAUAACUCCAAAGAUCACUCGAACCCAGCUGUCCUCACCAAUACGGACCCAGCUUAUAGCGAUGACGCGAACCCAGCAAAGGGACACGGAAAGUUUUUUGAUCCAAGAGAUACCCAAGGAGGGGUUCUUGGUGCUGCUACAGCCUCAGAAGACUCAGCUAAUGCUUACAACCAAGGUAAUUUCAGACAAACACAUGAAGAAGCUACAAAGGCUCAGUAUAUUGAUACUGAUAACUUGAAAACCAAGCCCACAGUUUAUGAACAAGAGGAUAAAGCAAAUAAAGCGUUGGAGGAAAUCAAACAAGAUGCUUAUCGCGAAGGUAAUCAACAAGGAAGGAAUGACACACAAGAAGAUCCUUCUAUUUUGGGUUCCAAACAAGUUGGUGGAAGUGGUACCACGACCGAUGAUCAACAUCCAGACAAAGAAGCAAUUCAUCAAGAAAAUAGGUCUGCUUAUAACAAGGAUGGUAUUGCAGGUGUUCUUGAAAAAGAACAGGGAGAGUUGCCAUCCAAAUCGAAAAAAGAAGAGUCCCAUCCAGGUACUGUUGAAGAUGGUGAUGUGAUUCUUGGAGGUGCUGGUGUUGCUACUGCUAAACAAGACAAUUAUGAUCCAGUCGACACCGAAAGAAGAAUCUCCGAUCUUGAUAGACAAAUCAAUCAAGCUGACAGUAAGAUCGAAAAAUUGAGAAAUGAUCCUAGCAAUGCAUCUACUUUUGCAGUUCGUGAUGAGCCUAUCAAAACACCUAAAUUGGAUGAUGUGCAUGACGAGUAUGAUCAUUCAGAUGGUCAUGAUGAAUUUGCAGAUACUCAAACUGAUUCCAAUGCCAAUGAUAACGCAAGGUCAGGACAAGGCGUACUUGCUGGUGCAGGCGGUGCAUUAGCCGCAGCUGCUGGUUACUUGGGCUAUGGUACAAGUAAGGAUCAAGAUAAGACAAACCAAGGUGUAACACCAAGAGAAAAACAAGAGACUUUAGAUGCAUCUUAUGCAGCUGGUCAACAACAAUUCGAAAACGAGAAAGGUGGAAUUGCUUCAAAGGAUACUGCUAGACAAAAUCAAGAGGGCCUUGUUGGAAAAGCUGCUGGAUUAUUGGGAUUUGGCGCUAACAAUGAUCAAGAUAAAUCGGCUAAGGGCGUCACUCCUGAACAAAAACAAGAGACUCUCGACGCAUCCUAUGCAGCUGGUCAACAAAAGUUUGAGGAUGCGAAAGCUGGAACUAAGACAGGAGGUACCACUGAUCAAAACCAAGAAGGUUUCGUUGAAAAGGCAGAAGAAGCCAUUGGAGGCGCCGCUGCCGCAGCUGCUGGUUACUUGGGUUUUGGUGGGCAUAAUGCCAGAGAGGGCCACAAGCAGUUGCUUAAGGAAGCAUACGAAGCUGGAAAAAGAAAAGGAGAAAGUGAAAGGGCAGAAGCUACAUCCAAACAAACAUCUGGCCAACACCAGGAAGGCUUUGUUGAAAAAGCAGAAGGUGCAAUUGGAGGAGCUGCUGUUGCCGCAGCUGGCUACUUGGGCCUUGGGCCUCGCGAUCCCGAACAAGAGCGUCAACAAAUCCUCAAAGAGGCGCAUGAUGCCGGAAGAAAGAAAGGUGAACAGGAAGUUUAUUCUGCUAACACAGGAACAUCUGACCUGUAUUUGGAAGGUACCAAGCAACGUAUUGGAGAAGUAUCUGCUGCUGCUGCUGCUGGUGCUCUUGGCUUGAAUAGUUCGCAACAGCCAAAAACCUCGACAAACGAACAGUUUGGUAAGAGCAAGGACGUUACAGGUAACCAUGAUUAUAGCUCAGCGGGUGCUGUUUCUGGCGAUAAUAAAACAAGCAGAAGAGGUCACGAUUCAGCAAAUACCACCCCUCAAUCCUCAAAUCAGGGGUAUUUAGCUACAGCUGGCGCUGCAGUGGCCGGUGCAGGUGCUGCAGUUACAGGUGCGCUUGGUUUAGGUGGCAAUAGCAAUAAGGGUACAGCAGCCGAUGAUUCAUUGAUCGAAGAUGCCGAAAAGGUUGAUCCCUCAAUUGAAAAGUUUCCAUCUCAUAAAGUGAACGAGAAGGAAUUAGAGGGGGAAAGAACGCUUGCCCCUACCGCCGACAGGUACGAAACUGAGGUUGUUGAGCUGAACAAAGAAUCUGUAGAAGAUAAACAGCUCAAGGCAGCUGAAGGGGAUGUCAGUAAAUGGAAUAAGCAACAUGGAUUCAAAGAUCCAAAAGAGUCCUUGAUUCAAGAAGCAGAAGAAGCAGACCCUUCAAUCGAGAAAUUGCCACCUCAUAAAGUCAACAAAAAGGAGCUCAAAAAAGAAAAGGCUCUUUCUUCUGACGCAGAUCCUGUGGAAAAAGAAGUUGUUGAAGACACUCAGUUUAAAGAUCUCGAGGAUGAUGUUGCCACCUACAACAAAAAGCAUGGAUUCACCAAUGUUAAAUCAUCUUUAAUCGAAGUUGCAGAAAAUGCAGACCCAAAGGUCGAAAAAAUGCCAGCUCACAAAGGUCAGUCUGUUGAUAAGGAGUUGACAAGCACCGCCAACGAAUCAUCAGGAAAUGAUGUUCAAAAUUUGCCAAGCAACUACCCAACUGUGACAACUGAUGAGAUCAAGCGUGCUGCUGGUGCUGGUGGAAUUAAAACUAGCGACUCGGCUAGCAAAAGGUCGGUAGAUACUGGAAGGAGCAGUAAGACAGAUGAUGACAUUAAGGGUCAUGAAAUCCCAGAUAAAGAUCAUGACCACAAGAAGAAUGCCAUAGCUGCUGCCGUUGGGGCAGGUUCUGGUGCUGUUGCAUAUAGCUCAGCUUCAAAUAAAUCUCCUGAAACUUCAAAAUCAAACAAGUUGGAUGACGCAUUGAAAAAGUCCCUAUACGAGGAAGGGUAUUCCAAGGGUAAAGCUAAUAAUCUGCGCCCUUCCAAUAAAGGUGGUAUUUUGGGUGCCAGUGGCCAAUCAACUGACACUUCAAAAGAAAAAUUAGAUGAUGCGUUAAAGAAAUCCCUUUAUGAGAAAGGUUAUGCCAAGGGAAAGUCCGAUUCUACACUUUUAUCGUCCCAUAGUAAGAACGUUUCGGGUGCUUCCUAUAAUACCACCCAGCCACUUAAUCGUUCCGUUGAUGAUUCAAACCCCAAAUCAGGUGCCACAUCUGAUGCUGUCGGUACUGCCGGUGCCGCAUAUGGGGCCAAUCAGCUGUUGGAUCAUGAUUUAAAAAAGCAGUUAUAUGCGCAUGGCUAUAAAUCAGGUGCUGUUCAAUCUCAAGCAAUUGACCGUGACUUGAAACAACAGUUGUACGAGCAUGGUUAUGCAGCUGGUCAAAAACACCAUCAACCCUCUACAACAGCUUAUGGAUUCAGUGGUGGUGUUAGAGACACUGACUCCAAGUUGGACUCGAAACUCAAACAAGAUUUGUAUGAGCAUGGGUAUGCCAAGGGUAGUACCGAAAAGAAGGCUGAAAAGGACAAUAACAUCCACAAUAGAUCAUACGGCACAUCCAACAGAGAGGCUGCUAUUGUUGGCGGUGCUAGUGCCGGAGCCUUAGGAGGAGCUGCUUUGGGCUCUUCGCAACCCGAAUAUAAUCAGAAGUCCUUACACACCCCAGUUGACAACAAAUCUGAAUUGGUUGAUGAAAACACAGCUCACAAGGAAAGAGAAGACAAUUCAAACAAUUUAGUUGUUGAAGUUGUCGGAAUUGAAGACAAGGAGGAGGCUUUGAGAACUGCAAGAAAUGCAUCCAAGAAAUUGGACCAAAGGGGUGUUGACUUAACUUCUGGUAAAUUGGUCAUUGAUGCCAAUAACAAGGAAAUUUACAAAGAGGACUACGUUACUGAGAAGGAAGUUCAUACUCAUGGCUCUGCGCCAAACAUCGUUGGACAAUCAAGAGCUGAGGGCUAUACUCAAGGUGCUCGUGGUUUAGACACUUCUUAUGAAGGUGAUGGAGCCGGCCAGCAAACCAACGUUUACGGUGGACAAAAGGCUUCUAACAUCCAAGGUGUUGCUCCACAAGUUGUUGGUCAAUCAAGAGCUGAGGGUUAUGCUCAGGGUACCCAACUGGGUACUGACACUUCUUACGAAGGUGAUGGUGCUGGACAAAAGACAAACAUUUAUGCAGGACAAAGCAAGGGCGUGGAACAUCAAGUUGUGGGCCAAUCUAGAGCUGAGGGUUACACCCAGGGUGCUACUAGUAAUGCUGAUACUUCAUACAGAGGAGAUGGUGCUGGAAAAAAGACUGAAGUUGCCCCAGAAGGAGACAGGAGCGAUGCAAUUGCAUCAAUUUUGGCAUUAGACAGAGAAGCUGCUCCUGGUGUCACAUAUGGUGAUGGAAGUUCGGUGCCAGAACUCAAACCUGGUGAGUGUCCUUACUUUAGUUCAAUUGGCCAACCUACUCCUGGUGCGGCUAAUGAAUACCACAAACAAGGAAUUCCAGGACAUGAUGCUCAUGCUGACAUUAUUCGUGAAGCCUAUGCUGAAGGUCAUCAACGCGGUCACUAUGCUGCAGGCGCGUAUGGUCAGGGUUCUCGUGGACCUCGUGGAGUAGACACGUCAUACGAGGGUGAAGGUGUUGGUGCAAAAACCUGUCCUUACACUGGUUCUAAGGACCAAAGUGUGCCAAGUGCUGCUGGCUAUUACCAAGACAGUCAAGUUUCACAUGGCACUCGUGGAGUUGAUACGUCCUAUGAAGGAGAUGGUGUUGGUGCUAAGACUUGUCCUUACAAUCCAACUCUGGGCCAGGCAUCUGAUCAAUCUGAGUUAGCAAAACAGAGAUUGCAUGAGGCUGCAAGACAAAAUACCGGAUUGUCAGCUGGUGCUGCUGGUGCGGGUGCUGGUGCUACAGAUAAGGUUCACCACAGUCAACAACAAAAGUCUACAUCGAACGCAGCAAAUGAUGAUGAUGAAAUUUUUGUCAAUGUUAAGGGUACCAAGGACAAUACAAUCGCCACGAAGAUUGCCAGAACUGCUGUUGCUAGGUUACAAAAGACACAUGCGUCCAUUAUCUCCAAGGUUAAAGAGUUGCAAGUUGAUGCACACACUGGUAUUGUUAGAGAUGAAAAUGGUGACGAAAUCGCACAUUUCACCGAUUUAGCUGUGGAUUCUAAACACUCUGGUUUGGAUAAUCAUGCUAAUACAUCCAAAAGCACAACAAAUGCUACUAAUUCUGGUGGUGUGAGCUCUUCUACUGCUGCUGCUGGAACCGGUGGAUUAGCUGCUGCUGCUGCUAGCACUGCUUCAUCAAGGCACCCCCACUUGACUGAACCAACCCAUCAUACAAGCGCCAAUGCUGGACAACAUUUAGGUAGUGACUCCUCCAAGCCUGAACCACCAUAUCCACAAGGUUUUCCCGCUACAAAGGAAACAAAUACAUCUUCCCAUUACUCAACCUCGGGACAACAUUCGUCUACUUUAGAUGAAGGUUCCAAUAUCAAGACCUCGUCUGGUACCUCAGAUGCUGCUGUGUCAGGUGGAUUGCCAAGCUAUUCAAACUAUGAUGAUCGUGGUGGUGUCGGUCACGAAAAACCAUCUACAAAUUCCCGACUGGGAAAUGAGAAACAAUCAUCCACUUCUCAGAGUGGAUUGUCAGGUUUGGCAUCGAGCAUUAUUGGUGCUUCUGGUGCUGCUGGUGCAUUGGAAUCAUUGGGUAUCGCAAAUCAAAGUAAUGAAAGUGAUGCCAAGUCAAAAGGAGGCGCUUACGGUGAUAAUUCUCAUAGUGAUUCUAACCCGUCAUCAUCACACUUGCUGGGGUCCAAUGCUUAUCCAAAGUCUGCUGUUGAUGCUUACUCAUCAUCUUCUGAGAAUACCAGUUUUGAUAGAAAUGUCAAUGAUGCUCUGUAUGGCAAUGGUGGUCAAUCAGCCAGAUAUGCUGACCACCAAUCGUCAUCGAAACCAUCUAAUUAUAUUCCUGAAUCGGGCUUUAGUACAAAACCUUUGUCUGGUCCUGAUACCACAUCUGCGGGCGAAACGGGUGUUGGUAAAUCUACUGAUGGGGGUCUCACUUCUACUACUGGCACAACUGGUUAUGGUGAAUACGAUAAGGUGCCAAGAGAUUUGCAAGAAGGUGGCGCAACUGUUGGAUCUAAUGCUGGAUCGUCGUCACAUGGAUUGACUUCAAAUGCUGGGGAAGUUGAUUCUGAAGUGACAAAUGCCAACACCUCAUUUAGUAUGCCAGGCGGAUGGAAUUAG